GAUCAACCUUACGGAUCGUGACUCCACAUUCCCAUUAUUAAUUGACAUCUGGUUUUGUAUGUUCUCUUUAUCACUUCUUAAGCUAAUAUCAGCACAUUCGUAGUUAACAAGGUAAUCAUAAAUGUUACUUACUUUCUUAAAAAAUAGUGAGCUUAGUUGGCUAUACUAUACUAUAGACGAUAGUAAAAUAGUAAAGUGUAGGCUUGGCUUGGCCUCCCAAAUAAUAUUUGUAAAAGUAAUUAAAUAAUUAAUAAUUUAAUUUAAAUUACUGGCUUAGGCGCCGGCUUCGGGACAUCAAGUUGGAAACAUAAGAACCUUUUAGAGCAGUCUGGGGAAAACUGAAAUCCAGGGUGAUAGGGGCCAUCCAUAAAUGACGUCACGCAAAUUUUGCUGCUUUUUUACACCCCACCUGCCCCAUCCUCACAAAAAAUUGAAAGAUAACAUAAUUACAGAGCACACAUUGCUCGGUCUCACCGAAAUUCAUAAAAGGAUAACAGAUGACACGUGUAUUUUCCACCCAUGUAACCAAUUUAAAUGCGUGUUUCGUUGAUAUUAAAAUUUCAAGGUUGAUGCCAUAUUAUUAGGUCAGAAACGCACCGUUUUGAUCAUUUUUCAACACCGAAUCAAGUUUUCGUUAACUUUUGUAAGUGGCAGGGAGUUAUUUUUAUCUAAAUUCUGAGAAAUACAACUAUCCUUUGAUAACAAUGGGCGAUUCUAAGAACGUUGCAAUUCUUAAACACAUUUACCCCCUGACCUUCAAUUAAUUUUUUUUUGUUCUUGCAUUUCUUAUACUGUGGACUAAGUUUAACAAGAAGAAAAACAUUGUAAAAAAAAAGGAGGGGGGGGGGCACCACGAGCUAACCGGACCGGGUGACACCAACCCUUGCUAAGCCACUGAUUCUAUUUGCUGCAAUUGUUAAUUGUUGCUGCUUUGAAAAAAAAAAAGAACAAGUUUUUAUGCAUUAUGAUUAGCAGCUGUCAAUGGUGAAUUUCAUUGGCGCAUUGUUUGUAUUGGUAAUUUUCCCCCUGUUUAUAAAAAUUUAAUGAAAGAAAUAAAACGACGAUAACUAAAUCAUUUAAUUAUUUUAUUAUUACAAUGUUAUUUAUAUGUUGGGGGAAGGAUGUUUAAAACGGAGUUUACUAAGAUAGCCCCCCCCACCCCGCGGUCAACCUUCUCUCCCCCCCUCCAUCACACUUCCCGUGUUCAGAUUUAGCCAUAAAUUCUCACGACUGUCAUUGUAAUUACAUUCCGAUUCUCCUACUACUGGGCAUCCUGUAACUUGAUCAGAGUCAGAGGCCAUUCUUCGGACAUUGCAUUCUGUGCUGAUUCUCUCAGUGAUAGUAGUUUUAAAAUAAAAUGAUGGUUGUUUUUUAAAAGGACAUUUCAUCGUAAUUUUCUGGGGAGGGGAGACCCUUCCCCAGCACCCCUUCCCCUUCUUUCAAGACAAAAAUAAAAAAAUGAGGGAAAAAAAUCAAAUAAAUACAGAGCUUAUUUUCGAAAAACAGAACUAUGGCCCGUUGUUAACCUGGGGAACUUCCAUGACCUAUAUACCGUGAAAAACAUGGCUGGCCCCCACCGCUAACUGCAUUUUAGCCAAAAAUUCCUGAUGGAACACAAACAACAUGUGUCAUCUCAUUAAAUAUUUUCACAUCCCAAAAACAUUGAACCACAAGGAUCUCUGGAUCUAGGUACGUCCCAUGCCAUGGCCCAAAAUGUGUUUGUUCCACCCUACACAAUCUCAGGAACACAUCUAUCAAAAAAAUAUUUCACUACAUCCUUCAUAAUUACCAACAUUUCACCGAUUAUGACAAACAACAUCGCAUUACUACAAUAAGGAUAUAUAAUUGUAAACUACCUAUUGGGUCUUAUCCACUCGGCCAUCGACACUGAAUACUAUUUUAUAUUGCCUAAGUUUAAGCAGGUUUCCCAUCAUGAAGCCAAGGGGGGGGGGGGGGGGGGUGGUGGGGAUGGGAUUUGAAGAUCAUGGGGGCAUUUACUAUAUUUUCUUUGACAUUGACUUGUUGAGGACGCUAGGAAAGUUUUCAUCUUUCAAACAAUCAAAGCUAGACAGAGUUUGACAGGUCGCCAUCUGAGCCUUCUCUUUUAUCUAGUCUUCUAACUUUCCAUAUUUCCCUGAGAGUUUUUUUGUAUACAGUAGCAGUUCUCAAAAGGUGUGCCACGAGAUAAGGUGUGUUGGAAUUUUCUGAGACAAUUUGAUAUUGCUGGUAAAAGCAAUUAAAAUAAUUUUGCUAAUCAUGCCAUUUCUAUAUGAGGGAUGUAAGAAAAUGACCAGUUUAAAAAAAACUAUAGACCUUUUCUAUAAAAAAUGUAUUUGCUCUCUCUUUUUGUGUCCUUAAAUUUGGAAAUAUAAAUAAAUACACAAUUUUUAACUUUAUUAUACUUUUAUUAAUUAUAGUUUUGAUAAAAAAGAUUAUUUCAUUACUGCGCGGGUCGCCAAGUGGGUGGAGGCGGGCCGCAUCCAUGCAGGCUUGCUUUAAACAUAUAAAUAGCUUGAAUUAAGAACUCUUAAACAAAACUACUAUUUAGAAAUAACUAAAAAAGGAGGAUUUUUAUAAACAACCAGGUCAAGGGAACCUACAUUUUCACCUAGCAUCUUGUCUGUUUAUUGCUGAUUUCAAGUGUGGAAUGAUGCAAAAAUAAAUUGAGAUAUGCAUUAUAAUGCAAUAUCAUUUGGCAUGCCUAAUUUUGGCAUUGGUAGAUGUCUGAACCCCCCCCCCCCACCCCCCACCCCCAAAAAAAUGCCCCAGCCCCCUUCAAUGAAAUUGUCACAUUAUAAUGCAAUAUCAUUUGGCAUGCCUAAUUUUGGCAUUGGUAGAUGCCUGACCCCCCCCCCCCCACCCCCCACCCCCAAAAAAAUGCCCCAGCCCCCUUCAAUGAAAUUGUCUUAAAGCAACACUGAAAAAACAUAUGAGGUAUGGAGUACCUAUGCUAGCUAGCCACAAGAGGAAAGUUCAUAUUUCCCCCUAAGAUGUCUGCGAUCCAUUAGGUGCACUCAUGGAAAGUGUAUCAUGUUCUUCACACUUGGGCACAUUCAAAAGAAUGGACUCCUGCUGCAUUCACAAGGCUGUAUAGCAGAGAAUGCACUUCACAGAAAGGAGAGACUUAGACAGGCUUAUAUGCACUACAAGGAUGUGUGCAAGAAAGGCAUGAAAGCCCUUAGUAUCAACCUAAGCGUUUCACGAGAUUGCUGUGCUGAAGACAGAUCUCGCUAGAUACUUGUAAACAAAGACAUAGAAGUGCCUAAGUUGUGUGAAAAACAAAACUUUGUUGCUGAGAGAAGAGCCAGCAAGAAGGCUAAAAAAAGCAAUCUAUAUCAUGUUAAUAACCCAGAAAAUUAAGCAGGUACUGCCAUUUCAGGAUUAAACUCUACUCUUGAACAACUCUUGCAAAUAAGAAAUUACUUGAUGAAGACAAGGAUGCCUAUAAGAAAAUUUUAACAGUGAGCAUCCAAUGAACAGCCAAACACACAACACUCAACAAUGCAAAAUAGAUAUUCAGAGCUAACAAAAAAGAAGAAUGGUUAAAUGGAUGGCAAUUAACUCAACAGGAUGAUAUGUGUUUUACAAACCCUAAAAGUCAAAAAAAAAUUCCUCAGAACACAUGAAAAGGUCAUAAUCUUUUUUCAUGCCACAGGACACAUACAACUUAAUUCUCACCAUAACCAUAACCACAUAAAACACCAAUGUGGCCUCUCUGCAAACAUCCAUAGAGAUGGUAAAUCAUCACCUCUUUCUCUGCCAAGCACUCUAUGACUUAUGCCUUAACUACCUACCAAAAAUACCUGACUACUCAAGCACCCUUAUACAAAGAAAAGCUGCGUAGACAAACGGGCACAUACCUACUGUAUCUGAAUGAUGAUGAUUUUAAAAAUAUCUAUGAUAAAUACCUUGCUUCAUGCAUUUUAUUCAGAAUUUUCAUCCUUUUGGUGAUGCAUGAAGUUCAUUUCUAUUGUUUAUGUAAACAUCUUAUAAAACAAGAAUAGGGUUUUUAAGCAAGAUUAUCCUGCUUCUUCUUUACAUAUCUUUAUCACAAUCUUUAAAACUUUAUUUAUACCAUUCCUUAAUUGGACGCUUUUAACAUUCCUUCAUUGUUAGCACAAAAUACCCAUUGAGAACUGGGAUAAUCCUACUAGGUAGUUCUGUUUAGAGCUCAUCUUCCCUGCUGUCUACAGGUAGUAAAAUAUUUAGUACGAAAUUCAUAGAUCAUCACUGUGGAAAAAAGUAAUCUACUGUGGAAUAAGCCAUGUUUUUUCUAAGUUUCUGUGAUUCUCUAAAUCCCCUAUUAAUUCUUUUCUGUGUGCAUUUUUAAACACAUGCACUUAGAACACUCGUAAUGUAAUCUUUACUCUUGAUUUUUAACAUUCUUCAAACUGUUUUGUUCUAUAGCACUGCAAAAUGAAAACACUGAGCCUAAUUUUAAUAGCAUUAGGAUGUCUCUUCAUUUCCUAUGCUUGGAGCAAAAAGCAAGAUGCUUUUGUUGAAGACAAUGACUUUGCUGAAUUUGAAGAAUUUGAGGAUGAAGAAGGUAAUGUUUUAUUUUAUUAAUCUUAACAUUAUUAUUCUAAUAAUCUUAUUGUAAGUAAAAUAGGAGAUAACAUUUAAAGACAUGUUACCUCAUGCUACAGUUAAUGCAUGCUUAACUCAAGGUUAAAUUGCCUAGAGAAGUUGGCAUAAGUGUAGUGUAUCUGAUACUGAUACAAGCAAAAAAAAUAUCCCCUAAGUAUGGUAUCUGAAUGUGUAUGAUGUGUUGCAUAUGCUUUAAACCAGGGGUCUCAAACACGCGGCCCGCUAGACAAUAUUUUACGGCCAUGACGGCAAAGUUUAGUGUUAAUGCGGCCGUGCGUUUUCCCCAUUCUCAUAUCUAUAAUGUGACCCUCCAUGACUGUUUCAGUUGAAUCUCAGACUAGUCUAAUUCUGAUUUUUAUUAUGUUUGUAUAGAUUUAGACGUUGAUUUUAAUGGUAAAAACCAUUGAAAAAAAAUCAGACUAAAAGUAAAAGUUUUUAUUUUAUAGAAUUUUAUGAAAAAAACAUGACCAAAGUGCGGUUUUGAGAAAAGUUUAAAAAGCCAGAUAGUUGGUAAUGCACAACCAUAAUUGUGUAAAUCGUAGCAACCUGGCACAGUGACAAAGAGUCCCUAUUAAAAUUGCCACUAGUUUUUACAAGUGACAAAUUCCAAGCUUGUCAGCUUGGUCACUUUCAAAAUAAGGUGGUUGUUACUGUACUAAGUGAUCCCAAAUGGCACAUGGACUUGGCUUUUCUUGUUGACAUUACACAGGAGCUGAAUGUACUCAAAAAUAAGUUAUAAGACCAGGGGUAGCUUGUCAGUGUUGCCAAUUACAAUGUCAGGGCAUUCUGCACAAAACUUGUGCUAUGAUUCUUAGAGAAACCUCUGCCAUUUCAUACCAUUCAAAGUACUCAUGUACUCGGGCACACCCAUCAGUAGUAAGUAACUGAUGCCAUUGCAAGGCUACAGGAAGAAGUUGAUCACAUGUUGUUAGACUUCAAAACAGACAGAGCGACUUUUCAACUUUUUGCUGACCAUUUCUCCUUCAAUUUGGAAGAUGCAACAACCCCCCACCCCCCUCCCCCAUUGCGCUUCAAAUGGAACUAAUCCAUCUUCAGUGCAAUUCUAAGUUAAGGGAGGUGAAUGGAAAAACAGACAAGCAUGGAUAAUUUAUGAGAGCAUUGCCCUCCACCUUCCCUCAGAUUUCCGGGUUAUUGCCUUUUUUUGGGAGUACUUAUCUGUGGGAAAAACUCUCUUCCACUAUGAACUUUUAUAACAAGUCAAAGUUCAGGGCCAAACUUACUGAUGAGCAUCUUCAAGCUAUACUGGGAAUCUCGGUUGCUUCCUCACUCAAGCCAAAUGUUGCUCGGCUGUGUAAGAAGAAGUGCUACCAGAUCCCUGGCAACAAGGUGUAGGAGGCAGAAAGUGAAGCGUAGUUCUUGAGAACCCUUAAUGUUUUUAUUUGUUAUUAAUAAAGAUUCAUCAGAUUGUAACAGUUGUACUUUAUUGACUUUGCAAUCGCUUUUUUUGUGGAAUACUUGAUGCGGCCCAGUCUCACUCGGACUCUACAUUCUGCGGCCCUCGGAUGAUUUGAGUGAGACCCCUGCUUUAAACUAUUUUUGAUUAUGAAAAUGAAAAGAGAUAUACUUCUAAUUCUAAAUACGUUACAUUGGGAAAUGGCAUCGGUGGGCUGUCGAUCACGAGUUCUUAAUGCCCCCCUACCCGGCACACCUCCACACGGGCCAGGCCCCGGGUUUCCCCGCCGACACCCCCCCACACGGGCCAGGCGCCGGGUUUCCCCGCCGCCAGACCGGGUGGAGGCAAGGCAGGAACGAACCCCCCCCCCCUACCCCCGCCUGUGGGAUUUCAGGUCGACCGAAAAUGCUGCGUUUAAAGUGUUCACAUCGACUGUCCCAGAAGGUUUGGGCGGGUUUGCUUCCACUCCGGGGGAAACGUUGUGGCGUUACCCCCCCCCCUACCACACACACACUGCGCAGGGGGUCUUCCGGUUGGGAUGAAACAGUUGCCUUGGAGCUGCUUUCUCACGGCUGCGUAGCCUUCUAAUUCUUAGAAGACUUGAUUCUUCUUCUUCUAUAUUAUAUUAAGGCCCAUGAUCAAUUUAUUGAUCAUUCUGGCUCCUAUGCAUGUAGCAGGGAUAUGUAAUGGUUCUGUGCCUAGUGUUAAAGAGGAUAUUUAACUGGUUGCAAGGCUAGUGGGGGUUGGAAGGCCUGAGGCAAGAGACGCAAAUGUUUCAAGUGUUUUUGUCUUAACUGUUCCAUUUGGAAGCUUGUUCCAGUCUCUGAUUGUCUUUGCCAGGAAUGAGUAGUUCCUGUACUGGGUUCUUGCUGGUAUGUGCUGGAACUGCCUGUCAUGGCCUUGUCGCUGUCUAUGGGGGAGAGGGACGAGUUUCUGUUUAAUGCUAGAGCAGUGGACCAGUCAAUUAUUUAUCUUGUACAUCAUGGAGAGCCUGGAUAGACGUCGUCGAUCCUCCAUUGGUGACCUGCCCAGUGUUUCCAGCAUGCUGCCAACACUAGAGGUAUUCCUGUAUCGGUUCAGGACAAAGUGUGCUGCCCGUCGCUAGACCGCCUUCAACCUGUCGAUGCUCUUCUGGGUAAAUGGGUCUCAGACUGAAGAUACGUAAUCUAAAAGCGGCUGGACAAAGGCUUUAUAGGCCUUUUCUUUCACACUGGAGUUGCAGAUUUUUAGAUUUCGUCUUAAGAACCCAAGUGUCUUCUUUGCCUCGUUGCACACAUUGUUUAUAUGCUUGUUCCAGCAAACCUCUCUUUGAAUGGUAACACCAAGGUUCCUUACGGAGGAAAUUGGCUCAAGUAUAUGGCUAUGCAGUUCGUAAGGGUGGUGUAGAGGAUUAUAACUUCUAGAGACUGACAGUGCUUAUGAGAUUUAAUUAUAAUUAUAUCCUUUUCUUAUGUGCAUAUUUACUGUGAAUAUUUUUAGAUGGAAAAAUAGUGGAAGAGGAGUCAAUUGAGGAAGAGAAACAAGAACCAAGGAAACCUGCAGCUGCCUAUGAUCAAGAAGAAUCAUUUGAUGAAGAUGAGGAGGAUGAUGAAGAAGAAGCUGUUGUAAGUUUCUUUUUCUCAACCUAGCCAUUCCACUGCUUUAAUUAAUUAUUCAAUGGUGCAUCACUGGUAUUUAGUUUUUUCAUAGUAAAUUUUUUUAUAACUAGUCAGUUAUAAUGACAAACUGAAAUAACUAUACCAGUUGUGCAAGGGCUUAUUAUGUCAAUGGUGACAGAUAGAAGUACUUCUUGAAAUGGUUGUGACAUCACAGAAUUAGGUUAUCAGUUUAGUAUGGUAUUUGAAGAAUUCAUUUUUAAAAAAAAGCUAUUACCUGUAAAAUAAUGACACUGUAGUGUAAAGAAUUUUAUAAAUAAUUUUAAAUAAAUAAUUUUAAAAGAAACGCAUAUACAUAUCUAAAAAUGCUACAUUAUUCCAAAUGAUGUCUUUAGUUUCAGACAGGCAUAGGAUGGGAAUUAUGUUAUUUGAAUUUGUCAAAAUUAAAAUGAUCUAUGCCCACACUAGGGUUUCUUAAGCAGGAUCCCGCAUGAUAUUUAGUAAACAAAAUUUUCCCAAGAAAUUCUCCCAUCACAGUAUAUUCCGGGAACAAACUUUUUAGAAUGCAAUUUUCUAGCAGUAAGUCACAGAUUUUCACAUAUUGUUGUUAUGAGCCAUGACAAAAAAAGAAUCUUGUUAAAUGCACUGAAUUAUGAAGCUAUGUUACUCUAUUGCACAGGUUCUCGAGCAGUUUUAAGUCAGGACUUCGUUUAUAUAGAAGCAAAGUGACCCUUUCAGUGUUAUAUUGAUCAAAAAAGCUUUGGGUAAAUUCUUGAAAAUAAAAACAUGUGAAAAUAAGAUUUUCAGUAUUAAAUAAUUGUCAUUUUCAAAUUUGUAAUUCCUUUUUUUAAAUUGUAAUUCAAAACUGAAAAAUAAUUAAAAAAGAAAACUAUUUAAAAAUCAUGAAUUCUCUUAGUCAAUCGCUUAGUAUCCCGAUUUGAGGUCACAUCCCAUGAGCUGGGAACAUGUGCUCUUGUAACUUGACUGUACCAGGCUUUUUAUGUGUCUAACUACCUUAUUAUUCUGUUGUGGGUUUUUUUUACUUCCAAUAUCAACCAAGUAAGAAAUGUACAUGGUACAUGUAUACAGAUAUCUUAAAAUAUAUUAACAGUUUUGUUUUUUUCAUUCAAAACAGGCAGAAUUGUUACAAGUUGUUCAAAAAAUUUGCUUCUAAAUAUUUAGUGAUGGCUUUGAAACUAGAAUUUGCGACCUGUAAAGCUGUUAAGAAUUCAAAUGUCAUAUAAAGUGCAAAGGUUUUUUUUCAUAUCCGACUUUUGCUUCACAAGAUUAUUAAUAGCUAGUUAUCCAUUACUUAGGCUAAGCAGGGGAAUUGAAGCAACUAGUAGCAAGUGACUAACCUUCACAUUGUUUUUUAUUCAUUAAUAGACAAUAAAAAUUAAAUAAUUAUAAAACCAAUUCUUGUAUAGUUUAAUUCGGUUUAUAAUAUAAUUCGGUUUAUAAAUAUAAAUUUCUCUUCUGAGAAGAGUAAAUUUUGUCCCCUUUUCUUGCAAAAUGAGAAACCCUAGGCAUUGAAUGAAUCCAUUUUGGAAAAAAAAUUAAGUACUACUUUACUUGUUUAUUUGUCUCACUGUUAAUAUAUUUUAAAAUUUAAAUCCUUGUUUUAAAACAUUUUAGGGGGAUGAUGAGUUUGAGCACCUUCAUGACGAAGAAGAAUUUGAAAAUUUUGAUAAAGACAAAGAUUCUUCUAAAAGUAAAACCCCAGAUAAACUUCCAGAUUUACAGAUUGCAAAGGUAAGAAACAAAAUGUUCAUGCAAUUUGCAAUUUGGAAUUUAAAAUAAUUUUUUUAAAGUACCAGUGAUGAUUUUUUUUUUUUGUGUACAGUUUUUUUGCAAAUUAUUGUUUAUAGGAAAAAUAUAUUUCUUAAUCACUUAAGCCUUAAUAUCUUAAUGUAAAUUUUAUGGCUGCUUAAUUAAAUAAUAAUGAGUUAUGUCUUUUGAUAUGAUACAUUUGUUUAUUUAUUGUUUGCCAUAAAAUACUUUUUACUUACUUAUGUAGGAAAAACGGAAAAUGCCAUUUGAUUAUCACUCAAUUAGCUUUGGGUGGACUUUAUAUUCAUUUGUUAUCAGGUACCACUCCAUUUGAGAACAAGCUGGGAUAGCUUUUAUCUGGAGAUGUUGAUGAUUGCUGGACUCACUGUUUAUUUUCUCAAUUUUCUUGCUGGGAAGACAAAGAACUGUAAGCUAGCAACAGCAUGGUUGACUGCACACAAGGAGCUGUUGGAGACUCAGUUUAGCAUUGUUGGUAUGUAGUUUGUCAAGAUAUAAGGUAGUGAUAAGUCUAAUUUUAUAAUAGACUGAUUAAGGAUGUUCAAACUUGUACCCAUUACUUUUUUUCCUUCCAGGUGAUGAUGGCAUCGCAAAAGAAGUAUCAUCAGGAACUCUAAUCAAAGAAUCAGAAAAUGUUUAUGCCCUUUGGUGCAGUGGUCGAUCCUGUGUAGAAGGAAUGUUGGUUGAGUUAAAACUACUUAAACGACAAGACCUAAUCAACUUGUUACUUAGGGUAUUUAAGCCAGCAUCAGAUCAAGUGGUAAGCUAAGCAAAAAUAAUGAAGGUACCCCCAGUUUUGAGAUAUAUUUCUUUUAUUGGAAAUUUUGAAAAGAAAAUUUCAUGCAGGAUCCCCACUCAGUUUGGAAAACAGGAAAUAGUCGGGAAUUCAUUUUUUUAAAAAUUUCCAGGUUGUGAAAAUCUGGAAAACGAGCAUCCUGGUAAGGAAAUUUUCCAGCUAGUCAGGAAUAUUUUAAUUUUAAAAAAAUAUUAAUAAAUUUGGAUUCCAUGAAAACUGAUGUUAAUCGCCGAUCUCAUCUAUUUUGCUACAAUGCUAGUGAUUUGCCUGUAACUGCGCAUGCAUUUUAAGCUCUACAAGUUUUUAAAAAAUGAACUUCGUACCGUACUGCUCUGAUAGACCAGAAAUAUUUGUUUUCUGUUCAGUUCGCCGAUCAAGAGAUGUUUUGGUAAGUAGGUUUAAAAUGUAGUAAAUAAUUAUUUGAAUCUAGUUUUUAAUUGUGAGGUAACCAUUAUAAAUAGAAAUAUGCGUCAGAUUUAAAAAUACAACAGAUGUGCCUAAUUUGAAUUAGCAAUUUAAAAACAAAUAAUUGUAAUGAGAGAAGCUUUUGGUAUUAUUCAUAGUUCUAUCCCAUGACCAAAGUUGCGGCAUUUGAUUUUUAAAUGUAGGCCUUUAUGAUACUUUAUCUACAGCAAAAACAUUGACAUGUAUUUUUAAUUAGAGCUAGGCAGCCUUUAGCUUGUAACUUUAAGACUUUAAGUUCCCUUUAAAUUUAAAUAUGGAGUAGGCCUUCUAAAUAGGCUAAUAUGAUUUAGUAUUUUGUGAUAUUGUUUUUGCAUAGCGUGGUUUACUAGUUUCAAACCCGUUUACUCUUACAAUUUUGUUGUACAAUUUACAAUUUUGAGGUAUCUAAUACGAUUGUACACUAAGACCUGUUAAAAUUACGAUUUUUAGAGACCAGUUUGAAAAUAUAUACAAUUUUUUUUUUUUUUAAUAUUAAAAAGUACAUUUUCUGUGUUAGUUUUAACUAGCAUUUGCAUUCUACGUCCAGCAGUAAAUGGAUCGAGAAGUAGGAUAGGAGAUUGUAUGUACAGGUGUGGAGGGGGGGGGGUUCCUGAAUAUUUAAUUCUGUAAAAUUAACACCCCAACAUUUUUGUAAUGAAGUGGUAUGGCCCUAUUGUUGCUUUGUGUUUUCAUAAUGAACUUGCUAGACAUGGCUACUAAAAUUUACAAAAUUUGUUUUGUCAAUCCAGGGCCAUGCUUAUGAGUCAGGGUGGGGGGGGGGGGUUGAUUAUUUAGAUUUUGCUUAUACGGGCAUAUAGUUAUUAUUAUUACUACAAUGGUCUUAUAUAACGGUACCCCAGGCUAGGGCUAGGCUCACAACGCUGCACAUAAAAAUAUUAGCAAACAUAAUCAUGACUUUAAAAAAAAUUACAUAUAUUUAUUUAAUUAAAAAACAGCUAUAUAAAAACUAAAAAAACCCAACUAUUUACAUGUCAAGCCAUGGACGGCACCCAGCAGCAUCGUUAAUCGUUCAAAGGGGGAUGGGAAUGAGUUUGGAUAAGAUAAGAUUCUUUUAUUGAUCCAAACAAAUGGAAAUGUUUUAUGAUUGCAUUGUCAUUGUACAUUUUCAGCACAUAUAAAAAAACAAUUUGAAACAAGACAUUUUUAAUAAAUUUUUUCACCAGCAUCCAUUCAGUUAGUUCUCUUAGCCAUAUCAGGGACUUAUUAGUUCUCAUUAAGAUUUGUGACUUCAGGGGGAGCACGCUGGUAAAUUCGUACAGUUUGGGGAACAAAAUAAUUUUUAUAUCUUUCAGUCCUCGCCCUGACGGAAAGAAUUCGUCCUGAACGGGCUGAUCCUAAGUAUCUGUGAUGAAGAGGGUGGGAUGUAUCAUCCAACAUGUGUUUAAUUUUAGUUAUGUUUUAAUAGAUAUGUCUUGAGUGCAGUUUUGAAGGCCUGGAUGGUCGGUAUAUUGCGGAUGUAUAGUGGGAGAAAAUUCAUUUGUAAUUGUGGGGGGGGGGGGGGAAUUUAGGAAGAAAGUAGGUUUUUUAUUUAAAAUUUAAACAAAAUUCAUCCUGAAAGUCAAAAAGUAACAUUUAUAUCUGGAAUACUGUGAAAAUACGCUAUGCUUUUUAGGAAUAAUCAAUCAUAAUGUUGCCAUACAUUUUCACAAAUGAACUGGCUAGAUAUAAGUAAUAUUUAGUCCACCGUAUGACCAAUGUACUUGUAAUGUAGAUUUUGUUGGGCUAUGCCAGUGGUUCUAAAAUUUUCGUUUCCCAAAUCUAUGCCAAAUUCACGUUUUCAUCAGGCUCCCUAUGUUGAAUUCUUACAAGUACAUUUCAAAAAGGUGAAUACAUACACAAAAUAAAUAAGGGGUUAGGUAAAAAUAAAUAUAACACGUAUUUACGAGUGUCAACUCGUAACUGAAAACAGUAGUUACUCAAGUGGGUUUUUGCGCCAUGACAACUGGAUUUAAAAGAGGAAAUAUAAUUAUGAAUACGCAUGUGAGCACGACACAGCAACCCAUAUAGAGAAAGGGAUGGAGGUCAUAAAAGAAUUGCGCAUGCAACAGCGGGGAGGAGGGUUGAUAAUUUGACUUUUUUCUUACGUACCAUAUAGAUGCCCCCCCCCCCCCUUCUGCUUGUUUGCGUUGGUGCUGUACUACGUAAUUUUGUAACAUAAUUAUUUCUUAUGGUUGAACCGCGUUGAGUGCAGAAACUUAGAAAACUAGAGGAUGCAUUCUUCACUGUUCUGCACAGCAUCAUUAGAUUUCAACAUUUUAAGAGAAUCUGGGAGGGCAUUUAUUGUCUGAUAAUCAGUGCUUUGUUGUUCAUCUAGUCCAGUGUAUACUUCCAAAACUCUACCUUUCAAUAGUGACCCUAGAAAGUUUCCCCAUUGUCCUUCUGGCCACUGAUUGGCUUUUGCUGAGCGCUCAAAUCUUUUGAGAUAAUUGUCCAAGUCUUCCUUUGUGUCGUCAAACGGAGGUAUGCGCGGUCCCUUCACGACAGGUCGUCUCACUUCACUGAGCCCAUUGUUGUAGUCACCCUCCCCGUCCAAGCUUCUAUUGUUGGGACUUCGUUUGGACCCGUCCCCAUUGUCUGACAUCCCGUUUACUCCUACUUGCCUCGAUUUCAAGUUGUAACUGUAAUUUACGUAUCUCAAAGUCUCGCUCCCUUUGUUUUUCAUCACGGUCGGCCUGCUUCUGUCUUUCUUCAUAUUCCAUCAUGAGUCUCUAUCUAACUUUCUCUUCUUCAUACAAUUGUCUAAACUCAGCUUCGCUCACACCUUUCUUUUUAGCAGCCCUGAGUGCUUCUAAGUAUUCCAUAUUACACUAAAAUUAUCUGAAGAUUGAGGAAAAUCUACAGUAAAAUCAAGCAAUAACAAUUAUCCUAAUAUAUAUAACCGUGAGGCUCAAUAAGCAAUUAACUAGAUACAAAUAUGCACAAUCUUAACUACAAUUAUGCAAUAUAAAUUAACUUAAACAAAAAACAAUUGCUAUGAUCCCAAUUCUGACACCAAUUUGUCACGAGCUCCUUCACGCUACGUAACGCUUGGGUCUAAAUUCUACCCUUUCUGACACCACCUUGUUUGAACAAAAUAAGGAAACACAACAAACAUACAAUAACAAAGAAGUUUUCAAUUAACUUAAAAUAACUACUUCUAGUUUAUUAUCUACAAUGUAUAAAUGUUUAUAAAGGUCAAUCAUCUGAUGAGACUUCAUCUAUCGAGUUCAAUUUCAGAUUUAUCACUUAUCUGAGCUGUCCACUUCUAAAGUCAACCUCCCUAAUGUAUGUGUCCAAAUAUGAAACCCUAAUUGGAGAGAUUUUAUUGGAGAAACUAAAGUGUGUUUACUCAAACUAUCCAUUUUCGUCGCUUAAAGAAAACAUUAACUUCAUAUAAGAACAGAUGCUUUCCACUUUCUAAAAUGUCACGGAAACCUAACUGCAAAAGUUGCUCUUGCACUUUAUAAGUAAACAUAAACGACUUUUCAAGUCUAAUUAAAUAGAAAAAUUGCAAUGGCUAGGGAAUUUAAUAAAUAUUUACAUGGAUUCAUGUAUACACCUUUAUUGCUUAAUUUUAUUCAUUUUUGUUGUAUUUCAAUGUUGUUUUUACUUGUUCAAUUACAUGCAUUAUAUAAUCAACAAAAAUGCCCUGUUGCAAUAGUCAGAAUUUUUUUUGUUCUAGAAAAAGUAGGACAUUUUGUUUUUUAAAAAAGAGUGGGAACCCUGUUCAUGAAUUAUCCUGCUUGUUGUAAUGCUUUAUUUUUUUGCUAAUCAUUUGUAUGUUGGAUACAUUUGUGUUAGGUUAUAAAGAAAUUGGUUUAUCUGUUUUUUUUUGUUUUUUGUUUUACAGAUAGUCAAAGUGGACCUCAGUAAUGACAAAAUGGAAAACUUUGUGUUCUGCGUUGCUCAAAAACGGUCAGCAGCAAAGCUCCAUAAAGAGAUGAAUGAUUUGGUUGGUUUUUAAUUACCAGUUUAAAAAAAACUUCCAAAGACCUUAUCUUUCAAACUGAUUUUUUUUUUUCUUCUGUUAUAUAGUUUUUAAAAUUUCCACACCAAAAGAAUAAUUUUAAGCACAAUGUACAUACCACGGUUGCCAACUCAAAAAUAUAAAAAUUUAUGGACAAAUAUUCUAAGUCUCCACAAUUUUUCACAAAGGAUGAGUUACCCUAUUUUGUUUUGCUUCAUUAUCCAAAACAUCUUAUGUUUGUAUAAUUUCUCUUACAGAUUUUAUGGAAAACUAUUUAGGUCUAAUUUUUAAAGAUUGCCCAUAAAUAACUGACAUCUAGCAACCCUGGUAGAUUGAAAGAAACAAGAUAUUUAAAAACACCUGGCCUUGAUAUUUUUAAAAAAAAACAUGCUCCAAUAAACAGACAUUUUUAAACAAGUGGGUUAUUAACUGACAGAAAGAUAUUGUUUAUACUUGUACAUAUUCGAAAAUAAUGAUACUAACCAAACAAUUUUUCACUAUUCUUACAUUUAUGUAAUGUUGGUAGGGGAAUUCAUGGUGCAGGGCUGCUUAAACGUUUUGGUCUAAAGACCCGAUUUUGGUUUUUAACAUGCCAAGAAAGGACUCGUUAACCUUGGAUGGCAACUCAUCUAAGAGAAGGAAACUCUGAAUUCAAAACCCGGGGAUGGAGUCCUGUAGGCGGAUAACAAUGAACCAAUUCGACAACUCCUGCGAUGCCACUGGUGCCAAGCUGUAUCAUCCACAUGAUGUUUAUCCAGCGGCGUGGAGAGAGGCGAUUUGCUGUUGGGAACCAGCUUAUGAUCCUAGAACUAGAAGAAUUAUCCCAGGCCUUGUGGAAUUCGUCCUGCGAAGUCCACACCGUUGUCACAUUGUGACGGACGGAUGCCCUUAAAAAAACAUGCCAAGAGGGUUGAUCCCACUGCCAAGGGAAUUGCUACUUUGACUUAUGUUAAAACCUAUGUUAUUAUAGUUUAUGUUGCCAAAGCCUCCAUUGGUGACACCAUAGGUUAUUUUGUCUUAUAAAUUCAACAUUACCUUUAGAUUAGAAUAUUGCAUAUCAACCUUUUAAAAUAAAUGAAUUUUAUCGAUAGAAUUAUGCUAGUUAUUAACAGUGAACAUUAGUUUUUCUGUUUGUCUGUGAUCACACUGUGAUCAAAACAUUAUCAUGACCUUUACUGCUAGACUCCUGAUGUUAGAUACUGUAAUUUUCAAACUGACUCGCACCAGAGACAGCUAAUUCUUGGUCACAAAUUUUCAGUUUCCAAUUUUUAUUCCCUGAAUCAAUGAUUAUCAGCUUUUUCAAAUUAAAGAGCAGCAUUACUAAUUGUGGGAAAGGUAGCUGUGACAGUAGCUGUAAAAGCCACCAUUAGGAUGAACAAUAAAUUAUUAUAAAUUGAUCUGUAACAAAUAUACAAAUUCCUGACAGUGCUGCAAAAUCUUUAUAUUGGCUUAAUAACUCAUAUUUUAAUUUAUUUUUACUGUGAAUCAAAUAAACAUUGGUCCAACUGUUCUUUUAACACAAAAAUACUGAAUGUUUUAAAAUGCAACAGCUGACUUGUUUCUAGAACACUGGCAAAUAGUGCAUGUUUUCUACUGAAAAGAAUGGAACUUAUUGUGAAGUUUCAUGUCUGUCAGUCUAUAUCAUACCUUACAAGGUCAUUAAAGUCCAGCAAAAAAAUUCAUUAGUUUCCAUCUUGUCCAAAUUAGUGAAAAACUUCACAAACUGUGCGUCUUUUGACUUUACAAAUUUGAGAAACUCGAACACAUUCUCAAUGAUUUUUCAAAACUAUCCUGUGCAUAGUCAUCUUACUUAAAUUAUUGGGCAAAAGCAAAUCACCAUGUUCAGCAUAUGACUUAUUACAGAUGCUUUUAAAUGGAAGAUGAUUAAACGUUAUGGAGUCAUGACAGUUGCCAUACUUAAGCUAACUCACUGUUUAGUUUUGAACACAGAAAUGUAUGAUGCAGUAAUAUAUAUCAAAUUUGGUUGAACUGCCUUGAGACAUGAAUCCACCUUUAUGGGUUGGGGCAAUGGGUAGUAUAGGUGUUCCUAGUUUAAUGAAGAUGAUGUUUGUAUUUUAGGUCUAAGACAUGAGACAUGGCAGGUGCUUUACUUUAAAAAUUAUUUGUUUUUCACAAUUUGUAAAUUGCCGCAGGGCAGUUGAAAUCGCCUGGUGAGCCAGAUUUUGAAUACCCCUGUCAUAUUCAUAAGGUGUUGUCCUUUCGUGAAGUAGCGUAGCUGAAGAAAAUAAGCAUGGUCUAAUAUAGGACAACUUUUCUCACAAGUAGCAUUUUAAACCAGCAGGAAAUCUACCUGGAAAUCUAGUUUGAUCCUUAAAACUUCUUCAUCAAUACUUUUCCUGGUAUUUAGGUGGUAUUAAUUGUAUUUUCACUAAUUGUUUAACUACAUAAUACAUUUUAAAUAAUCUUCAUUUGUUUUAAAAACAAUGUUGUCUAAACUUCUUCUCUGAUUCUUCCCUUAACUUUACUAAUUUCUUUUUUCUCAAAUGACAAUCUGCUGCAAUUAUCAAAAAAUCACUAUAUUUAUAUAUUUAUAUUCAAAGUGGAUAUUAAAAAAAAAUUUAUUAUAAUAUUAUUCUGCUCAUUAUUCUAUGCUAAUUAGCUUGACUUUUCUUGUGUAAUGCGCUUCAAUAGUCUUUGCUUAAAUCAUCUUUGAGAUUAACUCUUGAAUUUCAUUUUCAGAGUCAAUUUACUGAGAAAAAGAGCACAGAGAAAUAUGACAUACCUUCCUCCUACCAACUUUUGUCUGAGAUAGGAGAGGGAACAGCAGCUGUGUUAGAUAAAAAAGUAACUUACUUUAAUUAUUUUAAAGUUAAAUAUUUUAAAAGAGGAGGAGACAUGUGACAGUACAUAUAUAUUUAUAGAUAUAAAUUUAUAUUUAUUUAUACAUAUCUUUAUAUUUCUCUAUUUAUAUGUAUAUAUUUAUCAUAUAAGUAUUAUAAAAGUUAAAAUUUGUGAGUUUCUUUGUUUUCCCCCCAUAUGUUUUUUCAUGGAUUGAUGGAUUUUGAUCAAACUUGGCACAUCUAUCCAUCAUUAUCCAGAAUAAAAUUCUGGGGAGUUUUGAACUUUAAAGAAUAUUCCUAAAUUAGAAAUAUAUUUUUUUCUUAAAUGAACUAUAUAAAUAAAAUUACCAACAAAUACUCCUGCAUGAAAAGAUGGAUCUUGACCAAACUUAGUACACAUACACUUAAUUAUCCAUAUUCAAAUGCACUACUAUAGCUAUAGUACAUUUAAGGUGAAAGAGGGGCCCCAGCGGGGUCCAUUCCAUAAUUGUACCAAUUUAGUUUUAUCUGAGAUAUGGGGCCUUAUGAAAAUCAGUCAGAUAAAUAAUAAAGUUAAAAUUUCAAAGUUGUCCAAUUAAAAUCAGUUUUAAAAUACCAUAGAUAUAGCUUUUUAAAAUUAUAGAACUUUCCGGAAAAUUCUACAUUGGGUAUUAUUAGUUCUAUAUGAACUAUGAAGGUUAUUGCUACCAAACUAGGCUUAGAUCCAUCAUUUCACAUAGAACCUAUAGUGUUUUCUAAGCCUUUUGAUAUUUAUAUAGCUUAUAUAAGGAAAAAUGAAACAAAUUCGGGGUCCUAGGCACAAAUGGAAUGUUAAAAUUAUUCAUAACUCCCCUAGAGUUCCUUGCGGACAAUGAUGGAUACAUGUGCCAUGUAUCAACCUAUGUAAAAGCCUUUGUUGAACAAAGCCACAAACAAACAAACCCACAAACAAAUUUUCACUUUUAUAUAUUAUUAUAUAUUAAAAAACGGAAGCACUCCUUAUUCACGAUCACAAACCAUCCUCUAACUCAGCUCUCCCCACUUCAUUUCAUGUAGGUAACUCCGAUAUACAGUUGACAUUCUCCGCUAGGAAUCUUGGUUAUAAUCUGUCUAACAAAAUUUCUCUCGAUAAUCACAUCUCUCAUAUUUGUCGCUCUGCAUAAACCGCUAUUCGUCACAUUAGCUCCAUCCGCCAAUACCUAACAGUUAUUGCAACAAAAACCCUAGUCUGUGCUCUAGUUCUCUCUCGUCUUGAAUAUUGUAACUCUCUUCUAUCAGGUUCACCAAAGCACUUCUUAGAAAAUUACAAAAGGUUCAAAACUCAGCCGUUAGGCUUAUUCUAAAGGCAAAAAAAUGUGAUCACGCACACCACUACUUCAUUGGCUCCCUGUACAAGCACGGAUUGACUACAAACUCUCUGUUCUCUGCCAAAACUUUUUAUCGAAUUCCUCCCCUCCCUAUCUAACAGAACAUCUCUUGUCUAUUCACCCCUUCGACAGCUUCGCUCCUCCGCAGAUGUGCAUAUUCUUUCUGUCCCCAAGACUCGCACAAAAACAUACAGUGAACGAUCGUUCUCUUUCUGUGCCUCAAACAAUGGAAUUCUCUUCCAUUACACAUCCGCAACAGCCUUCAAAACUUCACUCAAAACACAUCUUUUUUAACUCUACUAUCCUGACUGAUUCCCACCUCUGACCGAAAAAUGAUGCUACUGGGUGUCAUCCUUGGCUUGAGAUGUAAAUAGUUUUAAAUAUACAUUUGUGUUGUUUUGUUUAAUUACUGUAUGUCAAUUAAUUUUUAAGGUUUUUUUUAUUAUGUUUGUUAAAUUCUAUGUACAGCGUGGUGAGCCCAGCCCUAGGCUGGGGUACCACACCAUAUAAAACCACUUAUAAUAAUAAUAUAUAUUUAUAUAUAUAAAUAUAUGAUAUGAGACAUGUAUGUAUGGAGAAUUGAAAAACGUAAAGGAACUAUAUUUCCCUUACAAUUUCAGGGUCUAGGUAACUGCAUUAGUAAAUAAUCAAGUGUAUUGUCAUUGCAAUUUUCGUUACUGAUUAGUAGCCUGCAGUGUUUUAUAAAGUGCAAAAUUUAAAAGUUUCCUGUGUUUUGUCUGCCUUCGAUGACAAUAAACUGGAAUUACAUUUUGGAUGUUGUAUCAAAUAAAUUAAACAUGUUUAAUGUCACCAUUGAAAAUUUUCAACCAGGUGUGCCAAAUGUUGACCAAAUAUGAAGGUGUGAUUGAGUAUAUUCAUGUGUCUGAUCAGUAUUCCGGUCCUAAGCUCCAAGAGUAAGUUCAAAUUUAAAACUGAAAACACUUAUCUCUUAUUUUAUAUAUUUUGCUUCUGGUGUGUCCUGCUUACUUGUUGAAACUGCCCUCCUCAUAACUCCACAAGUUUUAUAUUAAAGUACUGAGUGAAAAAAAAAAUGCUGUCAUGUGUGACAUGUGAACUCAGGUAAAAAAUAAAUUCAUUAGUGGCAGGCGACUUUUAUAUAAUCAAUAAAGUUCCACUGGUAUGUUGUAGGACUGUCUGUUGGACUAUUGUUUAAAGGCUGGCAGGUAGUGUGUAGGUCUGUCUGUAGGUCUAAUGUUUAAAGACCGGCAAUUAGGGUGAAGGACUGUCGGAAGGCCUAUUUUUUAACUCUUUCGCUGCUGAAUUUUUUAAUUUAAAAAAUGUAUAUUUUGUUCAAAGAGCAAAAAAAGAGUGAGGUUGGGGUUUAUUAAAAAAUAUUUUAAAUAUUAUUUUUGGGGUUUAUAAGACUAUACUUGGUAUCAUGAAAGAUAAUUGAAUGAAUUAUAUGUUUAUAAACGUAUUUCUUCAGUUUCAAUGAAAAAAAUAACAGAAAAGAACCAUAAAAUUUGAAAUCAUUAUAUGCUAAACCAUUUUUUCUCCCCAACCUAUGAUGUACGCAUACCUCAUCUUCACUUCUAUGAUUCAAAUCCUCCUACACUCUGAAUCAUGCGAUGGAUCAAAAUAUAAAUCAUCUUUACUUUCAAAAUAAAUAGUAUAAAACAAUUCCAAAGCUUUUUGAGCUGUUAAUCGUCUAGGAAACUAGACUAGGGCCUAGUGUAGCCGUAGCAAGAGUAGAAAAAAAUCAUUAAAAUAAUGCUUCAAAUGACAACAAAUUAACCUUGCUUUCGCUUAUACACAAUGAGGUACCACUCUUCUAUGAAAAAGUCUUAUUUAAAAAUAGCUCUUAAAAAGUUUAACCAAGAAAUAGCAAAGAAACAAACAUGAUAUUGAAACAACACAGAGCUCGCUAGUCUGUGCUUUUUAGAACGUCGGAUGAAUGCACUGUUUGUGCUGCAGCGUAAGAGUUAAAGGCCAGGAGGUAGGGUGUAGGACUGUCUGUAGGCUUAUUUCUCAAAAUACCCAGACCCGGUGUAACAAAACUGCAUUCAAUUAAGCCCUAGUUAUUAAUAAUUUGCUACUUAAAAAUAUAUUGCUUUCACAUUUAGAGAUUAUACCUAUUAAACUAAUAAGGUUUUCAAAUUGACAUUUUAAUAACCUGAAUAACCCAACUAAUUGGCAUUACAUCAUUUGCUGACAAUAUUCUAAAUCUAUAUUCAGAAUACAUGGUAAAAAUUUUUAAUUAAAAUUUGAUAGAUUGACAUUUUGAUAAAAUAUGUUCACCUUUCCUUACAGAGAUAAUCAAACCACUAAGAUGCCUGAAACAAAACCAUGUCUAAUAUUCUGCUUUACAAGUAAGCUACAAGCACUAAUAUUAAUAGAAAAAAAUACUUUAAAAAGAUCAGACUUAUUGUAAAAAAAAAACAAAUUCAGAUUGUGGUUAAUUUGAAUUAGUGUAAAUUAGAGUAGCACUAGUUGAUGAAUGUGGUCUAAAUUCUUUCAUUAUAAAUUACAAUAUAUCCAUUCAGUUCCUGGUAAGGGUAAAACUCGUACAUCUGAUAUGGAAAACUUAAAACCCCUCAUGCAAUUGGUGUUCUACUGCACUGACAAGGUGACUCGACUCCAGCUAAGCAAAGAGGUAACAAUAUACAUUUUUUUUAGAAGGUCUGUAAUGGCUUGCCAAUUGUAAAAAUAUUAAAGGUAUUCAUUUCAAAUAGUUUGUAUUAAAAUGACAGCGCACAUUAUUAUUCUAAUUGAUAUUUUGACUUAACAAAAUAGGCCAGGUUCAAAGCAGAGAAAAAUCGUCAGAAAGCUGAAGAACUUUUCCUGAAAGCAGCUCAUACACAAAGACAGGAACAGGCCCAGCAAAGAAGAGAGGAGAGAAAGAGAGCUGAAAAGGAGAAACUCAUGGCUGAAGAGGAUCCAGAGAGGGCUCGCAAGCUUGAGGUAAAUUAAAAUAUUUGUAUUUCUUUUCAUUUUAAGAUAUUAUCAUUAUCUUUGAAAUCAGAACAAGACAAAGUGGAGUUCGAUUAUAUUAUAAGCAAGAGACUGCUGCUAAGCAUCCAGACCGUUGACAAGUGAAGUUAUUAAUUAUUAGAUUAAAAUUUAGCAUUAGAAUGCAUUGUAUUAUUUUUCCCAACUCUACCCCAUACUUUAGCUAUGUAGGUUUGAUUACAAUGUAGCAUAAUUGAAGGUCCUGUUACUAAACACUGGUUACAUCCUUGAAAAUUCACUUGGUAAUUUUGUGUACCAGUAUGUAACUAAAAAAGAAACUUCUGUCUUAUUUCUUAUCUUAAGAGUGCUUGCAGCCUAUGCUUUCAAAUUAAUGCAUUCUUGAAUUUGUAUUAUACUUUAUCAUGCUGGAUUAAGUUUAGUUACUUUUAGAGUCAUGUGUAGUCACUCUCUUGUAAUAUAAUCUAAAUACUCUAUGCGAUUUAAUUUUUUUAAUGACCAGUAUCACUAUUUCUCUUCAUUUGUCAAAAGGAUCGUGAAAGCCGCCGUGAAUCAAAGAAAAAGCAGCCUAAAAUGAAGAUGAUGAAAAUCAAAGCUAUGUAAAGUUCUAACUUACAGAAAGAUAUUUUCAUCAGAUUUUUAUCCAUGAUGAUUAAAAUACUAAUUCUACAGGUUAAUAUGUCCAUAUGUGAGGUUUGUGUGAAAGAGCUAUUGUUAAGGUGUUUGAGCAAAGUUAAAUAUGGUUCAUAAUGAUUAAAUUUCCUUGUAAUCUGUUACAUUUUUCUAAUAUUCAUUAAAUUAUAUCAAUGCAUUUAAUAAAUCAGACACCACAGCACAAGAUUUAUACGUUUAUAACUAUUAUCAAUAUUUGAUCAUACUAAUUACAUCCGCAACGUACUGGAACAUUAUAGAUGCUGCAGCAAACGAUUGUACCUUAUUGAGAAAAUGUGUGCUCAUUCUGGUUGUAUUUCCCAAUAAUGGCACUGGACAUUUCCUACAUAAAGGGUCAUGUUUUCGUGUAAGUAGCUUAGCUGAACAUUAAUUGAGCGAUGAUGAAGAAAGAAAAGAUAUUUUUAGUAAUCUGUUUAUUUUUAUUAGAAGCAAAUAACUUAAUUUACACUGCUCAAAUCCCAGCAGUUAUAAUAUUUGCAAUUGUUUUCUGCACAAUUGUAAUUUACUAAAUCAAAUGUAUGUUGGUUGAUGUUUUUUUAGUUCAAAUUAUUUUUCUGUUUUUAAAUGUUCUUAACCUCUAAUUAUUAAUAAUCAUGGGACAGCUUGAUUAAAGUAAAUAUCAAAGUCAAUUAUUGGAGUUAAAUGCCUGUACAUACUGCAGAAAUCACCCAACCUUCUAAGACUUUUCCCCAUUAAGGCCAAGAGUCUAAGAAUUUUUAGUCAUAUAUUUUGAAACUAUUAAUACUAUUAAAAAAUUAUUUUUAAAAAAUUAAAAAGCAUAAAAAUGUUUCACUUAUAUUAUAUUUUGUUGUUUGUAAAAACAUUUACUAUUCAUUUGGGUUCUUUCUAUGACUAUGAUGCUAGAAAUAUGAAAAUAUAUUCCUUUAACAUACUUUGAAUUUCCAUUGCAUUAUUAUGUGGAUUUGCAAAGUGUAGACUGGUGUGGAAAGAAUGUAAUGGCCGUUCAUUUCUGUCUGACAUAAAUAUUCCAUUGUAAUUUAAUAUAUUCUUUUGUGUCUUGCAGUCAACAUAAUUAUUAUACCUGAGUUUUAUUAUUUAGUUUAGUAGCAAUAUAUCUAAAUUUAAAUGCCUUAAACAUUUUUAAAAGGUAUUUAAUUUCAUAGCAAAUUUUUACCAAAUAAUAAAUGCUUGUUAUUUCUAUACCAAAAGGUUAGAUAAAAAUAAAGUAAUAUUAGAAAUUGAAAAAAAUUCAGAUUAUUGUUAGUAGAAAUGAUGAGCCUGGACACAUAGGCCUCAUGUCAUUCUCCACAUUUAUUUUCAUGUGAUACUUAGUUUCAUCAUAACAUUAUGAAAAUUUCAUAAUAUUUUUGGCGCCCCUGUGAGGAAGUUUUAGCUCCUCAGGACGCAGGUAUCAUCUAGUAAGGAUUUGGAGAACCUGUAGAAUAAACUACUAAACAAUUUUAACACAUUUGCUGAAUUAAAACAAACUUUAUUAAAGUACUUUCAGUUGGUCAACUGAUUUGGAAAGAGCAACAUAAAUUCUCUCUUCUUAAAUAAGUAUUUAUUAAUAUUCUAUUUUACAACGCAGCCUUAAGGAAAUUAGAUUCACUAUGGAUUCUCAACGUUUUAUAUUUUAAAUGCUUUAAUUAUAUAUUAUAAUCAUGAUAGGUUAUAAGGGGACACUACAAAUAAAUUACAUUUCUCACAUUUUUAUAUCGUUAAUAUUAACUAGAUUUUAUUUGUGUUGAUUUUUCUUUCAGUUUCAGUUUUCUAAAAUGUGUAAUAGAAUUUAAUGCCACAUUACAUCUCUGUUGGCGUUUGCGACAGUUUUGUUAAAUUUUGUUUGAAAUGUUUAAAUGUAUCUAGAUUUUUCUUGAUCCCAUUUUCUUCAUAAAUGCAAAUGAAAUGUAUAAAUAUUUAAUUAGACAUUUUGUUUUUUUUAUAUAUGUAAUUGUCCUUUUUGUAACAGAAUUUUUGGUGAUGUAAUAAAAAAGUGGUUUUAUUUGGUCAUUUUUUUAUUUGUAAACAUUUUAAAUUGGUGCUUACACCUUUUCUAAACAAUUAUGUUAAACGUAAAUUUAGUGAACAUCAUUACCGGUACUGCAUAAAAAGCUUUAAACUUUAAGAAAAUUUUAAAAAUUGAUAUUGUCUGCAAUACUGAAGUGAGCACUUUAAGACCAUAAAAUGUAGAGCUCUUGUUUACCAUAAAAUUAUACGUUUUUUUUAAAUUGUGGUUUUAAAAAAAAGGGGGUGGGGGGAAGAAGAGAUAUAUUAAUAUAUAUUUAAAGAUUGUGUUAUUAUGCAUACUUACUCUUUUUCAUCUUUGCAUCUUCCAUUGGUCGUUGUGAGUGAAAGUAGUUAAAUCAAAUUAAUAUUCUUUAAAAAUGGACAAAACAUUUCCUAUUAUUAAAGUUCUGUGAACAUCAUUAUAUAUAUAUAUAUAUAUAUUAUAUAUACUGUGGCAUUAGCAAUUUCAUCCUGACAUUUUGCUUUCAAUAUUCUCACUUCAAAAAAAAAAAACACAAACUCUUGAUUUAUGGGAAAACUUUUCACCAUGCAUGAAUAAGAUUAAUGUUUAAAAUGACCUUUAUUCAUGAAUUAUGUUUGCAUUGUUUUUACGGAGGCAGAAAGUAAAAUGAAAAGAUAAUUUUGAC